AUGACAAUAACUUCUGGACUCGCAUUUAUUGAAGCGAUUUUGAAAGGAAAAAUUAUCGAGGAUAAGGAAGUUAAUCUAUUAAGUUCGUAAAAAAAAGUGUUUAAGAGACCCAUUUGAAAAUUUUGAUUUAGAACGUCGUCAAAUUUGGUUAUAUAUUCAUUCACAUGGAGAAGCAACUCUUAUAAUUGUUGAAUUAAUAUCUUCAGUUGGUGGGUGAAAAAAUAAAAUUUAAAAUUUUUUUUUAAACUUGAAAUGAAAAACAAAAUUUCAGAACGUCUUAUCGGAAUUUAUUUUCCACGUUUUCACGCGUCCAAAUAUUUCAAAUUAUUUUUCAUUUUCAUAUUUUUAUUUUCCCAAUCCUAUGUCAUUUUUUAUAUUUAUUAUCUUCGAAUUGCAAAAAAUCUAACACUUUUUUCAAUUGCUUAUGGUUCAACAAAUAUUUUCGUAGUUUUGAAUCUAUUUCUUCUUGUUGUAUUACUGUCAAGUUCGAAAAAAUUGUAUUUGAAAACUCGAGGACAAUUAACACUUCGAAGAAGAUAUCAGGUAACUUUAGGAGACAUUUGAAAUUAAAUUUGUUUUAUAUCUAACAUUUUCAGAUAUCUGCAACAUAUAAAUUGGCCAAAUGCCUUUUACCCUUCUGCCUUUUUCAGUACUUCAGCUGCAAUUAUUGUUUUCGCUUACAUUUGGCUGAAAAUUGUUGGGAUUUUUGGAGAAGCUACUAA